CAUAAUUAUUGGAUAAAUAAAACACUUUCAAACAAAAGCCAUAGAUAUAACAAACUCACAAGAUAUACGUGUGUCGAUCUUAAAGAUACAAAUUCAAAGAAAACAAAAGUUUUCUUAAAAAAGAGCGAGAGAAAAUAAAGCGAACUAGACAUCACAGCCGAAGAAGCACAAUUCAAAUAAAUAACAUGAGUUUUCGAAUUUUAACACCAUUAACGACAAAUAGAAUGUCACGUCUAAUAUUCAUAACUCUGCUAAGUGUAUUGAUUUUAACACCUGAAAGCAUACAGGCUGCCAGAAGAUCACGUUUAGAUUUAACAGCGGCAAAUGUUUCAGCCUCAGAUGUUGCUGCUGCCGCCGCCACCAGUACCAACAGUAAUAAUGAUAGUGAAACUUUAAAAACUGCAUCAGCACCUCAAGUGUCUUUGGAUAAUGCAUCAUCGGCUUUACCUUUAAAAACUGAUCAAUCAUCAUUGGCAUCAGAUACUUCAGCGGGUAGUGGAGAUAAUGCAGCAAUUGUUAAAGAUACGAUUGCUUUACCAGCUGUUGUAGAUACUGGCAAAUCGGCUGCUUCCGAUUUAAUUGCUGAAGAAGAAAAACAACCUGCUGAUGCGGAAUUGCCUAAAGAACAAAAAGAAACACCUACUGCUAGUUUUGAAGAUGUUGAGGUCGUGGAUAGUGCUACACAAUUAGGUGCAUCGGGUAAUGGUGGUUCUUCUUCUCAGUCUCAUGAAGAGUGUGAUUCGGAUAUGAUGGGUUUUGAGAUAGUAACCGGUUAUGUAUUCUCGGCUCCUGGUAAACUAUUGGAUUCAUUGCCUGGCACACUAAUGUUAACAGAUUGUUUGGAAGCAUGCCAGGGUAAUGAAACAUGUCAGGCGGUUAAUUAUGAAACUGGUCUAUGUGUAUUAUUCUCAGCCAAUGCUGAUCAAUUGCCAGGUAAGUAA